CCUCGGUUAGGUAACGGAGGGAAGCACACUGAACAUUUGAACCCUAUUAUGUGUUUUGUAGCUGUAUAAAGGCGAUAGUCCUAAAGAUGAGCGAACAAGAAAAUGCAAAAAGUUUUAUCUAAUAUGAAGCCUUGCUGGCCGUGCUGAAUUCGGGUUUUCUGUGCCACCAUGUGGCCGGUUUUGUGGACCGCGAUGCGCACCUACGCACCCUAUGUGACCUUCCCCAUUGCCUUCGUGGUGGGCGCAGUAGGGUAUCAACUGGAGUGGUUCAUCCGGGGACCCCCCAAACCCCCGGGGGAAGAAAAGGCCGUCACGGAAAUUCGCGAGGACCGGAAACUUGAGGAGCUGGUGGGCCGAGACAGCACCCAAGUCCUGAGUCUGAAGGACAGACUGGAGUUCGCCCCAAGGGCAGUACUGGAAAAGAACCGGCCUGAGAAGAGCUAGCUAGAGUCAGCGCAACUUUCAGAAAACAAGACUAGUGCUAACUACAUGCAAUGCUGUAUUUAAGGACACUGUGUACAAUGGGAGUUCAUGCUUCAUCACUCUACAGUCACUUACAUUACAGGUUUCCAUCUCGGGUCCUGAACAUUUGGGUUUCUUUGCACACGAUUUGUCCAGGGUUAAGAACCUGUGCAUGGCAUGAUGAUGAUCAUCAUCAUCAUCAUCAUCCACAGGACAAACAUACUAGCAAAUGUGUUGAAGAUAUUUUUUCAUUCAUGGCUUCAUGGCCUUAUGUCCUAUGGUGGAAAAGCAUUUAAAAGCUUCUAUACAUCUCACGCUUUUCACAGGUUAUCAUAAGACCAAGGUUUAAAAAAAAAAAAAAGCUCUUGUUUUGUGUGUGACUGAUUGAAAACCUGAACAAGAUUACCAUAUUAGAAUUGCUUGAAAUGUUUUGUGAGAAGUGCCCUUAUUACAGAAGGAAAUAAAAUGCCAAUUGAC